CGCCGGUGGGGACAGGGACAGGGACAGGGACAGCGGCAGGGACGGGCGCCCCACGGCCCCAGCAGCGGCGAGGAGCGGCCCCGGCGGCUUUCAGGGACUUGUUGGCAACUCAGCGAGGGUUGCCAUAGCUUUUUAUGUAGGGUGACCAGAGCCGGCUGGAACCGGUUUGAGGCAGCUCGGCUGUGAGCACAAUGCAGCCACUGAGCGGCUGCACGGGGAUAGCUUCCUCCCUCCAUGGCAGCCAAAAGCAGAGGAGCUUGCAGACAGAUACCAGCCCAAAACAGUAUGUGAAUGCACACUUUAGACACACAGCACUGGCCUAUUGAUUGGGGCUGCCUUUAACCCUUUCCUAUUUGCAGAGGUAAUGCGUCUGUGACAGUAACUGAGCGUUGGCUAAAAUAUCUUUCAAAGGUCAAGGUUCACAAGAUUUUGAUUUUGCACAUAGGCCAGCUUUCCAACGGAAGAUGCUGCUGAAUGUUGGAGGGUCGGUCCUCUGUAUCAGUGACCAUGAUCUCAUCUUGCAUUGAGGCUUGUCUCGGGUAUUUGAUCUUGAAAAUAAGGGUAAUGAUUUAUCAAGUUCCAAGUUGUUUUCGAGUGAAAUAAGUAGGUUAAUUUUUCUUAGAAGUAUGACUGUAUGAUAAAAUAUAAAUAUGCAUACUGAUUCCUGGGAGCGAAUGUGAAAAAAGUGUUGACCCUAAUGUUUUAGGGCCCGUUUGUUCCUGGAGCUGCACAGCAGGCCCUGCCUGCCUCGGAGUGCUCUCACUGAGGUUUUCUGCAGCUGCUUCAGGCUGUUUUCAAGCAAGAAUUGCCAUUCACUUUUGAAAAAGAGUAUAUUAACCUGAGUAGAGGAAAGAGACAGGAAGAAAGUGUCCUUUAGAAUGCGAUUCAAAUUUGCAUUAAACUGGGAAUUUCGACCUUCUCCUCAUUAUUGCUGUACAUCCAAGUCAUCCCCCUGUUACUGUCCCAGGCAAUUUUACAUACAUGUAUACAUACAACAGGAGGAAAGCCAUUUUUAUAAUCCAUUCUUAACUAGCAUGCAAAAAGAGUGGUUUGGGCCUUUACCUGCUUCGUGAAUUCAUCUUCAUUUUAAGAGAAAUUUAGGAAACUGCUAGGCCCAAAACUUCAGCUGGAUCUCUUGGCAAAUGUAGGCAGUUCUCCAUUGGCCAGCUGCAGAUGGAGAAGGUCUGUUAAGCUCCAUAUGGUGUGGAGAAGGAGAUCCCCUACCUCAGCGCCAAAACAGCCCCUUUCUCUCUGCCAGCCAGAGGCUGCUGAUAGUGAGCUUUGAACCAGUGGCAUCUGGUGCUCUUUAAAAUGGACUGGAGGUAGUUCAGCGGUGGUAGGAGAAGGGGAGAUGGGCAGACUUGGAAAGAUGCCCCUUCUUUCUCUUUGCCCUCUGUGCUGUUCUCCCCAAGGAACUGUGCUUGAGAUGCCCAUUUUGCCCUGCCCCUCCCCGACCCAAAAAAUUCAAAAUUUGAGAAGGAGUUAGAUGACAAAAUGAGCCUUCUGAGCAGCCAUACGUUACAAGUGAUUUUAUUGCUGUGGUGGAAAAUUCCUGGUGGAAAUUUGCUUAAGAAAACAAACAAAAACUCUCACUAACUGUCCUUACUUAAUAAUACCCAUUGCAAGGGAAAAAGGCCAGUCUUUUAACAGGUAAGAUAUGUAGGAUCCAUAACCAGAUGCAGGAUAUAGUAGGAGAAAAAGAACAGUGGCAGCUACCCGCUCUCUUAUAAUGUUACAGGAAUGGAUUUUUUUUUUUUUUUUUUGAAAACUGUAGUAACUUGCUUACAGUUGUAAAACAACUUCUUUCAGAGAUAAAUAUCUUACUUGCUGGCUUGAUGCGGCUUGGUAAUCCAUGAUUGCAGAACUCAGCUAAGCAAUAAACACAAAUAGCACUUUGCCAUACCUCGCAUUAAAGACACGUUAAAGAGAAUUCUCUGCCAAGAUUGUUGUAUUUCUAAGGCUCAAAACUUGAAUCCACGAGCAGACUGAUUGGAAAAAGUUUUGCCUGUAGGAAUUACAGCAAACUGGGAAAAGUAAAUUUGCAGACAUCAGUCUGCAACGUCAUCUGCAUUCUGUGUGUGGAAAUAGGUAUCGUUCUUGCAGCCUCUGGGGACUCCCAAAUUAUUUUGUUUACCGGGAAGAAGGUUACGUGCAUACCCUUGCACUCCGGGUCAGCCUCUGUGCCAGAUUAUAGCAGUACUCCACGCACACUGUGCACAUGCAAUUCAGUAUCUUUGAGAUGUUUCCGUGACUUCAUCUUCAUGAUGUUUCCGUGACUUCAUCUUCUGCCGCUCCAAACAUAAAGUCGCUACAACUGCUUUCAUUGUAUGUGAUUUUGAACUUCCAGAAUUUUUACAAAAUUCACCUCAGUACUGAAAGGUUUAAAAGGCUGUAAAUACAUACAACCAAACUGCACUUUUGUUCAAAGCAACAGAAGACACUUGGUGAUGCAGUGACUUUGGUGUUUUUAUUACUCGUUUUAAAUUAACGAGUGCUGAGAACGAACAAGUCUUGCAGCCAGUCAACAGGGUUCUGUAGUGUCCUACAACUAGAUGACUGAAAGCAGAAAGAAUGGAGGGAAUGAGUUUGUUCGAUCAGGUUUUAUCAUUUCGUAAAUAUUUUAGCAAUUAUUUAAAAUUCAUACCGUCUUUUGUUUAUAAUAACUAGCAAUACUAUUUUAGAUUAACAGUUGAGAAAAAUUGAUGUUUUAGGGAUUUUCCUCCCUAAGGCGUCCAGAUUUGUUUAUAGCAUCUUAACUCUACAGCUUGUUUAGAAAUACACCCAAAUCAAAUGUGAACUGGUAUUGUAAUGGAAACAUUUUCUUUUCACUCUUCACAUUUUAAGAUUUCCUUUAGAGAAAUUACUGAAUAUAAAGUCCUUCUGAUUAUUUAUUUAUUUAUUUAUUUAACAAAUUGUGGCCAAAGUUUUUGAGAAACAAAUACAAGAAACCCGCACUAGCUUAUGCUGGUACUUCAGGUUCCCCUAGUGUAUUGCUGUGCAUGACUUUCAUGGCCAGCUUUGAGCUUUGCUUGAGACCAGGCAGGUAUCUCCAGUUGUUCAUUGUUUCUGUGGUUAAAAAGAGAGGAGAAUGUGGAAAUUUUCUAAAGCUGUUUCAUUUGGCACCCACCUGCAUACAGAUGACUUUAGUCUCAGAAGAAGAAAACUGUUGUGAUGUACUGGUUUGUGCCGUCUACUUCUGUAGACAGGUUUUUGGUACUGUAUGGUAACAUCUGCAUUUGUGUAAGCCAGUGGAAAUAACUUAUACUGAAAACCAAAACGCUUAACUGAAUUUUAUUUCCAUCUCUGGAAAUGCUAGAAACUCAACUCUACAGUGUCCCGAACAAGCUGCUCUCUUUGAGCCUGCUCUCUGCAGGGGUGUUGGACUACCUGAUCUCCAGGGGCCCUUGUCAGCUUCAGCUGUUGUCUGACAAACUCGGCAGAAUGGCUGUUGAAAAGUUUGGGGGGCCAGUAAAGAACAGCUCUUGAUGUUAUUCCAAAACUGUCAGCAGUAGGAUUAUUGCAUUGAAUGUUUUUAUCAUCAUUUGCUGUAAAAGAAAAAAGCUAAAAAAAAGAUAUUUGAAAGAUUGUUUAAUACUUUCCUUCCUAAGUUUUUUUUUUUUUUUCCUGGGGGACAGUGAGGAGGGAAGAAAAUUGAUGGAAUGUUCUCUUUGAAAACCAGAGACACAAAUUCAGAUUUCCAUUGCUCAUUGAAAUUUUACCAAAAGGAUACUAAUCUCCGUUAGAGAACAUACAGAAAGAAACUAUCUCUGUGCUUAAAAAAUGAAGUCUACAACAGCAUGUAAUACAAUUUGAGGUUUUCUUGGCGUUGCUACAGCUCAGUUGAACAGUCAGCAAGUAAUUUCUCUCCAGAGCUCAAAAUGAUGUGCUAAGAGAAGGAGGAAGUGAGCUGCUGAAGGCAUAGGAUGUAUUUCCAUUGACAAAUUUGCUUACAAUCAAAUACAUGACCAUGGGGGAUAUGAAGACCCCAGACUUUGAUGACCUUCUUGCAGCCUUUGACAUACCAGACAUGGUAGAUCCGAAAGCAGCUAUUGAGUCUGGACAUGAUGAUCAUGAAAGCCACAUAAAACAAAAUGCUCAUGCAGAUGAAGAUUCUCAUGCGCCAUCAUCAUCUGAUGUUGGUGUGAGUGUCAUUGUGAAAAAUGUACGUACUAUUGAUUCUUCUGAAGGAGUGGACAAGGAUGGCCACCAUGCCACAGGCAAUGGCUUGCAUAAUGGUUUUCUAACAUCAUCAGCUCUUGAUAGCUACAGUAAAGAUGAAGGGAAGUGUCUUAAAGACAACGGAUCAGCUUCUGAGACUGCCCUGAAAGACUCAGCUUUCAACCAGUUUAGCCCAAUCUCAAGUGCUGAAGAAUUUGAUGAUGAUGAAAAAAUUGAGGUAGAUGACCCUCCGGAUAAAGAAGAGAUGCGUGGAAGUUUCAGAGCAAAUGUCCUCACAGGAUCUGUGUCUCAGCAGGAAUAUGAGAAACUAAAGACACUUGGCGGAGAGAACUUGAUUAAAUCUGGAAUCCCAAUUUCAAGUAAUAUAGAUAAAAAUAAGGUUGGUAAACGAGAGACAGAGACAAACUCUGUGAAUUUAAGUGUCUACGAGCCUUUUAAACCUCGAAAGGUAGAGGACAAAUUGCUGAAAGACAAUUCUGAGAAGCUACUUGAAAACAGGGUACUUGAUGGAAAACUGAGUGCUGAAAAAAGUGAAACGAAUCUUGCUAGCAUUUCACAGUCCAAAGCAAAGUCAUCAGCAAAGCUCUCUUCAUGCAUUGCUGCAAUUGCAGCACUGAGUGCUAAAAAGGCAGCUACAGAUACCAGUAAGGAUUUACAGUCUAAUUCCGGAGAGUCUUCUCCAUUACCAAAAGACAUGAAUGAAAGUCCCCGGGCUAUUGAAAAAUCACCUGAAUCUCAGAGUCUCAUUGAUGGUGCUAAAAAACCAUCUAUCAAACAACCUGAUAGUCCCAGGAGUGUAUCAAGUGAAAACAGCAGCAAAGGGUCUCCAUCUUCUCCUGCAGGGUCAACACCAGCAAUUCCUAAAGUUCGUAUAAAAACCAUCAAGACUUCUUCUGGGGAGAUCAAGAGAACUGUUACCAGAGUGUUGCCAGAAGUUGAUCUGGACUCUGGUAAGAAGCUAGAGCAGACUGCUUCCAUGGUGACUUCCAUGACAUCUCUCCUGUCCUCACCGACCUCUGCUGCUGUUCUCUCCUCCCCGCCUAGAGCUCCUCUCCAGUCCGCAGUUGUCACCAAUGCAGUUGCAUCUGCAGAACUUGCACCAAAACAGGUCACUAUCAAACCUGUGGCUACUGCCUUUCUCCCAGUUUCAGCAGUGAAAACAGCAGGAUCACAAGUUAUUAAUUUGAAGCUUGCUAACAAUACUACAGUGAAAGCCACUGUAAUAUCUGCUGCUUCCGUGCAGAGUGCCAGUAGCGCCAUCAUAAAAGCUGCCAAUGCUAUACAGCAGCAGACUGUUGUGGUGCCAGCAUCAAGCCUUGCCAGUGCGAAACUUGUGCCAAAGACAGUCCAUCUUGCCAACCUUAAUCUUCUGCCUCAAGGUGCUCAGACCACCUCUGAACUUCGACAAGUGCUAACGAAACCUCAGCAACAAAUAAAGCAGGCAAUAAUUUCUGCAGCAGCCACUCAGCCUUCUAAAAAAGUCUCUCGAGUCCAGGUGGUAUCGUCUCUACAGAGUUCUGUAGUGGAGGCAUUCAAUAAGGUGCUGAGUAGUGUCAAUCCUGUCCCAGUUUACAUCCCAAACCUCAGUCCCCCCGCCAAUGCUGGCAUAACGUUGCCAACACGAGGUUACAAGUGUCUGGAGUGCGGUGACUCGUUUGCUCUCGAGAAGAGCCUGACCCAGCAUUAUGACAGGAGGAGUGUACGGAUUGAAGUGACGUGUAACCACUGUACAAAGAAUUUAGUUUUCUACAAUAAGUGCAGUCUUCUUUCCCAUGCUCGUGGACACAAGGAGAAAGGCGUUGUAAUGCAGUGUUCCCACUUGAUUUUAAAACCAGUCCCAGCAGAUCAAAUGAUAGCGUCUCCUUCAAGCAAUACUGCUGCAUCCUCUAUGCUUCAGAGCCCCGUGGGAGUUGGCACACAUACUGUAACAAAGAUCCAGUCUGGCAUAACUGGGACGGUAAUAUCCGCCCCAGCAAGUACACCUAUCAUUCCAGCUAUGCCCCUAGACGAAGAUUCUUCAAAACUUUGUAGACAUAGUCUAAAGUGCUUGGAGUGUAAUGAAGUUUUCCAAGAUGAGACAUCUCUUGCUACACAUUUCCAGCAGGCUGCAGACACAAGUGGACAAAAGACAUGCAAUAUCUGCCAGAUGCUGCUUCCUAACCAGUGCAGUUUUGCAUCACACCAGAGAAUUCAUCAGCAUAAAUCUCCAUACACGUGUCCUGAAUGUGGAGCAAUCUGCAGAUCUGUCCACUUCCAGACUCAUGUCACUAAGAACUGCCUGCAUUAUACACGAAGAGUUGGUUUUCGCUGCGUACAUUGCAAUGUCGUGUACUCUGAUGUGGCGGCUCUCAAGUCUCACAUUCAAGGUUCUCACUGUGAAGUCUUUUACAAGUGUCCUAUCUGUCCCAUGGCAUUUAAAUCUGCUCCCAGCACACAUUCCCAUGCCUAUACACAACACCCGGGUAUCAAGAUAGGCGAACCAAAAAUAAUAUAUAAAUGCUCUAUGUGUGACACUGUGUUUACUCUACAACCUUUACUCUAUCGCCACUUUGAUCAGCACAUUGAAAACCAGAAGGUGUCUGUUUUCAAGUGUCCAGACUGUUCCCUUCUAUAUGCACAGAAGCAGCUUAUGAUGGAUCAUAUAAAGUCUAUGCAUGGAACUUUGAAAAGUGUUGAGGGGCCACCAAACCUGGGGAUAAAUUUGCCUCUCAGUACUAAACCUACAACCCAGAACUCCGCCAGUCACAACAAGGAGGACGCAAAAUCUGUCAACGGAACAGAAAAGUUAGAGAAGAAAUCUCCUUCUCCCAUAAAGAAAGCGGAGCCUAAAAAAGUUACCAAUCCUGGGUGGACGUGCUGGGAGUGUGAUAGGCUCUUCACUCAGAGGGACGUUUACAUCUCCCACAUGAGGAAAGAACAUGGAAAGAACUCCUCAGAACUGAAAAAAGAUUGCACAGUUAUUACCUCUCUCAUGCAGCAAAUGAAGAAACAUCCCUGUCGACAAUGUGACAAAUCUUUCAGUUCAUCCCAUAGUUUGUGUCGUCACAAUCGUAUCAAACACAAAGGCAUCAGGAAGGUUUAUACGUGCUCGCACUGCCCAGAUUCAAGACGUACUUUUACCAAACGGUUGAUGUUGGAAAAACAUAUUCAGCUAAUGCAUGGCAUUAAAGACCCUGAUGUAAAAGAAAUGACUGAAUCAACCAAUAUGGAAGAAAGGGAAGUAAAAGAAGAUACAAAGGUUCCUAGUCCAAAGCGCAAAUUGGAAGAACCUGUGCUGGAGUUCCGGCCUCCACGAGGUGCAAUCACUCAGCCAUUGAAGAAGCUAAAGAUAAAUGUUUUUAAAGUUCACAAGUGUGCUGUGUGCGGCUUUACAACAGAGAAUCUUCUCCAGUUCCAUGAACAUAUUCCUCAGCAUAAGUCCGACGGCUCUUCGUACCAGUGCAGGGAAUGUGGACUCUGCUACACAUCUCACGUGUCUCUCUCCAGACAUCUCUUCAUUGUACAUAAGCUGAAGGAGCCUCAGCCGGUAUCGAAACAGAAUGGGUCUGGGGAGGAUAAUCAGCAGGAGAAUAAACCCAAUCAUGAGGAUGAAUCAUCUGACAAUACGGUAUCGGACAGAAGAUGCAAAGUGUGCGCGAAGACUUUUGAAACUGAAGCGGCCUUAAAUACUCACAUGAGAACACAUGGCAUGGCCUUCAUUAAGUCAAAAAGAAUGAGUUCAGCUGAAAAGUGAUCAGAUUAUUUGGGACGCAGAAAUCUCUCUCCACAUUGGAAUAUUAAUGACAUUUUUAUUACAGAAAGUUCACAGUAUAAUAGUGUUAACAGUACUGUUCAGGCUGUUGCAAUAUAUUCUGCAUAAAUGUGUCCUCUUCACCUCAUUGUCUAUACCCUCAAACCAUUAAAGCAGUAUUUGAGUUGAAAAGAGUUUGUAUAUAUUUAAACUAAUAACUUUUAUACUCUUUGUUACGUGUUUGUAUUGGUAUCUAGUGGAAGAUCUGUUUUUUGUUUUGUUUCUGUUUUUUGUAGUAAGUUUCUUUAAAGCAGAGUUCUUGAUGCCGGGGCAGGUCCGUGGUUCUGGCAGCUGCUCCGGGAGGGAAGGGUAGGUGCGGCGAGCGCAUCAGGCGGCAGCGCGGGGGACAGGCAAGCCUACGGGGCAGUUUGAAAAUCCCCCAGACCUUUGCUUCCACAUGUCGAAGGAAGCUUUUAAACUUUCUCUAAAAAGUUACCCCUGCAGGUGUAGAGGGCCGUGCUGGUUUUGGGCAGCAGCAGCGGGCCGGGUGGGGACCCCUUAGCACGGUAAAGUGCUCCUGAAGAGCGGAAUUGCACAACUGCGUAUCACGGAGUAAUUUUUUAGGCCUUGCCAUCAGGUGCUUGUGAUCAAAGCUAAAAUUGUUACAAAAGGGCUGGGCUGCUCUGGAUUAAACAAGUAAGAUGUAACUAGAGGACUAGGUUUAUAAUUAUGAUGUUUUUUGUCAUGUAAUUUAUUACACAUUAUAUAGAAGCAAGUAAACAGCAUUAUGUACUUUCCUUUCUUUUUCUGGUUCUUGAAAGAAAACAGUGAACCCUUUUGCAGCAGGGGUGGAUACCUCCCAGCUCGGUAUGCAAAUGCCAAACGUUCUGGUGCUCAGCGUUACCCAAACCCAGCUGCCCAGCAGCUAACACCAGCCUGCGCGCGGGGCCGGGCCUCUCCCUUCAGCACAGGGCGCCCGGAGCUAGCUCGGCCCUUUCGGAGGCGCGUCUGUCACGCGUCACGCUUUCGUGAAGAGCAGAAAUGGUACCCUACCGUCCCUUUCAUAUAGCGUUCUCUGUGAGAGUUAUAUUUUGGGUUUGUUUUUGCAUUUUAUACCUUGUAUGUAGCCCUAAACAAAUUUUGUACUUUUUUUUAAAACAAAUGGUGUAUAUAUAGAUAGCUGCAUGAAAUACAGUAGUAAUUGUUCGGUUCCUUAAAAGUCUUGCUGCUGUCAGAUGUUAUUAUACACUAUGUCCAUUAUAACUGUAUUAAACACAUUUCAUAUGUAAAUAAAUGUGGAGCAUUUUGCCCCUAAAGAUUUGUGAGAUUCUGUUAUUUAUCAUUAAAUUUUAACAAUUUUAAAGACUGAAAUGUUGGAAAAAAGUAUGGGUCCUUCUCAGCUUCCUCUGUAAACGUUCUUAAUCAUUCUGGGAAUCGUGUAUCGGACACAUUAGUUCUGCUUUUGCUCUUCAUCCUCAUUCUUAAUUUGGUUCGUUGGUAAAUGCUUGUUACCCCGUUAUAUUACUCGAAUAUUGAGUGGUUAUAAGGUACUUCUCCGUGCUCACCCCUCUCGCUGGCGUUGCAGGUUCCCCCGUGCGCGAUGUACCCCGGCCAUCACUGCCGUCACUGAGUGUAUACCUCUGACACUUGUUUGUUGCUGUGCACUGUCAACUGUACAACAAAUGAGUAUCACUAUGCAGAAUGGUGUUUUGUAUACAGUGAACAGGUAAUAAAAGUUAAAUUUUCACAGCCA